AGAAGUAACUGGAAGGAUCGAAUUGUUGCUUGCAGAGCCCUCUCCCGUCUUCAUGGGGACAUCAGCCGGGACCUGAAGAAUAAACUGAGCCAUCUGAUGUGGAAUGACUGGAGUCCUGCUGUGCGUUGGACAGCUGCCAAAGCAUUGGGUAGUCUUGGUCAAGGAAAGGAGGUGCAUGACCAAUUAAGGAAACAUUUAGAAGGUGACAGUUGGAAAUCAAAGGUGGAAGCCUUGUCUCUCAUUGGCUGGCUACAGAUCAUGACAGCCCAGCUGUUUCCAGGAUUCCUGCAGUGUUUUACUAAUGACUUUGCUGCAGUUCGCAGACAGGCCUGUCGGACUGCAGGUGUACUUCACAUUAAAGAUGAGAUGGUCAUGGAACACCUCUAC